AUGACCAAGCUCUCUCUACUGCCUCUUCUCACAUUCGCCUCUGCAGUUCUGGCAAAACAGGAUGCUUUUCAGGCCAAAUGUGCUAGUUUUGGACACAGGAUCAAGCUCCCUAAUGUCCACGUGAACUUCGUUGAAUAUGUCCCUGGAGGGACCAACCUCACCCUGUCCGACAACCCUGUCACCUGUGGUGCAUCCUCCCAGAUUGUGUCAGCGGAUAUGUGUCGGGUUGCCAUGGCCGUUGAUACAUCGAACAGCAGCCAGAUCACCUUGGAAGCAUGGUUUCCGCGGAAUUAUACUGGCCGCUUUCUGAGCACUGGCAAUGGAGGUCUUUCUGGCUGCAUCCAAUACUAUGAUCUUGCCUAUACUGCCGGCUUAGGCUUCGCAACAGUCGGCGCCAACAACGGCCAUAACGGAACAUCUGGCGAGCCAUUCUACCAGCAUCCUGAAGUCAUCGAAGACUUCGCGUACCGCUCAAUUCACACCGGUGUCGUAGUUGGUAAACAGCUCACCAAGAUGUUCUAUAACGAAGGCUUUGACAAGUCCUACUACCUGGGAUGCUCCACCGGUGGUAGACAAGGCUUCAAGUCGAUCCAGAAGUACCCCAAUGACUUCGACGGUGUUGUGGCAGGUGCUCCAGCCUUCAAUUUCGUCAACCUGAUCUCGUGGAGCAUCCACUUCUACUCGAUCACCGGAUCAAACACAUCGGACACAUACCUCUCGCCGGCUUCGUGGAAGGUCGUCCAUGAUGAGAUCGUACGACAGUGCGACGGAAUCGACGGGGCAAAGGAUGGCAUCAUCGAGGAUACCGAUCUCUGCCACCCUAUUCUCGAAACAAUCAUCUGCAAGCCAGGUGCCUCUAGCACGACCAGUUGUAUCACCGGUGCCCAGGCGAAGGCUGCCCGCAAUGUUCUCUCCCCAAUCUAUGGCGUGAACGGAACUCUGCUGUAUCCUCGCAUGCAGCCCGGCUCCGAACUGUUCGCUUCGUCGAUCAUGUACAACGGUCAGCCCUUCAGAUACAGCACCGACUGGUACCGCUAUGUCGUCUACAACAACCCCAAUUGGGACGCCACCAAGUGGACGGUGCAGGAUGCCGCGGUUGCUCUGGCGCAGAAUCCCUACAACAUCCAGACCUGGGACGCGGAUAUCUCUUCCUUCCAGAAGGCGGGUGGAAAGGUCCUGACAUACCACGGUAUGCAGGACCAGCUGAUCAGCUCGGAUAACUCGAAGCUAUACUAUGCGCGCGUCGCAGAGGAAAUGGGCCUUGCCCCUGAAGAACUGGAUGACUUCUACCGCUUCUUCCCCGUUAGCGGAAUGGCGCACUGCCGCGGAGGUGACGGCGCCUAUGGCAUUGGCAACGGGCUGGCGACAUACAACGGUGCUGAGCCAGAGAACAACGUCCUUAUGGCAAUGGUUCAGUGGGUCGAGAAGGGGAUUGCUCCGGAGUUCAUCCGUGGUGCCAAGUUUUCGAACGGGGUCGGUUCGUCUGUCGAAUAUACCCGCAAGCACUGCAGAUAUCCUCGCAGAAAUGUAUACAAGGGACCAGGGAAUUAUUCAGACGAGAACGCAUGGGAAUGUGUUUAG